AUGUCCGUUAAAGAUAAGGUUUUAUUUAUCGGUGACUUGAACAAAGACCUCCAGGAGUACAAGGAUUUCAAGGCCAAGUACGAAUGCAUUGACUACGCCAUCACCGAGUUAUCUAAGGAACAGGUGUUCCAGGAUUUCCGGGAAAAGUUCCAGGAUGUCAAGGCUAUCUACGGCGCGUGGCUCGGUUUCAUCACAAUAGGUGGUUUUAAGGGUGAAGUCGCUGAAAAGUGCAUUACCCCCAGCUUGAAGGUGGUAUCUCUCUGUUCUGUUGGCCACAACGACUACGACGGCGACAAGUUGGCCUCCAAGAAUGUCAUCUUGACAAAUGUCCCUGCCCUGUAUACCGGUGCUGCCGAUAAGGUUGCUGAUUGCGUAUUGUAUCACACGCUCGAGUCUUUCCGCCACUUUCUGGUUUUUUCUCAGUCUUUGAACAGUGUCAAGCACGUGAACGGCUCCAGAGCCAUUCUUAACAGUGAUGAGUUCAACUCUGAGACGGGUAGCGUGAUUAAAUCUGAGUUUAAGGGCUACUGUUUCGGCCAGCAAUUCGGUGGCAGGGCCGUCAAGUCCCCAAGAGGACACCAUGCUGUGAUUGUGGGUUUCGGUAACAUCGGGCAAGCCAUCGCCGAUAGACUUAGCUCUAUCGGGAUGAAGAUCUCCUAUGUCAAGAGGGAAACGUUGUCCGAGGCUGAAUUGGCCCGAUUCAACUACCCGAUUGAACACAUUUCCUUUGAAGAAGGGUUAAAAGUUGCUGAUCUCCUUGUCUUUGUUGUUCCAGGCAGCCCUGAAACCACUCACAUGUUGAACGAAAAGACGCUAGCGCUCACUAAACCGGGUAUCAAGAUCAUUAAUGCCGGCCGUGGGACUGCCUGGGACGAAAAGGCCGUGAUCAAGUACUUGCAGAACGGUCACAUCUCCCACGUUGGUAUGGAUGUCUACGAACAUGAACCAAUGGAACCGGUUGUUCAAGAGGAGUUGACCACGAGAUAUGACGUAUGUAUUACCCCGCAUAUCGGUUCGUCCACCAUUGAAACUAUCGAGACUGCGGCGUUGCAGUGCAUGGAUAACAUCAAGAAUGUGGUUUUGUAUGGGGGCAAAGGUUAUACCACUGUGAACUAA